AUAAUGUCUUUGGGUUUUCAUCUUCUGAUCUAUAUUUUUAUAUCAGUAGCAAAGAGCAGGAUGCGCCACCUGAUCUUUCAUUUUCAACAAACCAACAUUCCUACAUUGAAUAUUCAACUGAAGAACCCAUGCAAAUGUUUCAAGAGCAACAACAUGAGGACCAAGAAUUCAUACGAUUAUCCCAUAAGCAACAAAGCCAACUCAUACGAUUGAUUCAAGGGAAACAGCAUAAGAAUCAAGAUAUAUCUCAAUUAUUCCAUGAGCAACAAAGUGAUGAUGAAUCUGAUUGCAGUAAUGAAGAUAACGAGUAUAAAAUUGAAGCUGAUAUAAUUCGUCAAUACUUUGUUUGUGAGAAUUCGAAAGAGCAUCAAUCCAAAAAAAAGAUAAUUGAUGCAGACCAUAGAGAAAGAGAUUCUAAGAAAGUUGGAUACCUGUGGCAAUUCAAUGCAGAGUAUAGAAAAAAUGAAGGCGCCAUAUUUAUUAAUAAGCUUGUUGAUGAGCAUAACCAUUCACUUGCCCCAUAUCGAAAGGAGUUUGCUCCAAGUCUACGCUCACUUUCACAAGAAGUUCUGGACGAGAUAAAGUUUUUAACUCAAGAAUGCGGUCUUGGUGCUAAAGCUCAACGUCGAUACCUUUCAAAAAAAUUCCCAACUCAGUUUUUAUAUGAUCGUGAUCUAUACAAUGCAAUACGUAAAUAUAAAAAUCAGAUGGGUAAUCAAAGGGAGAAUGAUGCGGCAGAUAUGAAAUUAUCUCAGAAACUUGGAAGUUCUUAUAAUGAUUUUUUGCAAAACUGGUAUCGGUGUUAUAAUAGUCGUAGUGAGCUGGAAUUGGUGCAUCGUUGGAAAGAUUUGUUGAUUCAAUAUCCUGCAGGAAAAAAUUAUUUAAACCAACUUUGGAAGUCUCGGCAGUUGUGGGCUAAAAUAUAUGUACUUACAACUUUUUGUGCUGGGAUGCAAAGCACACAGCAGGUAGAAAGUACAAAUAGGCUUAUUAAAGCAGAAGUCGGUGCUAAAACAACACUUCUCAACUUGGGCAAAGCUAUUCAAAUUAAACUUGAACGUGAAGCACAACACCAGCGGCUUUCAGAAUAUAGAAAUACAUUACCUACUCGAGGACUUUCAAAAUCUGCAUCUUUUCAAAAUGUUCAAAUAUCCCAAAGCAUUUUAUAUUGUGCAAGUUUGUUUAAAAUUUCAAGUGAUUUAACUUCGCUUCCUAAUGCUCAUGAAUUCACAGAUGGGUAUCUUGAAGAUGAGUACGAUGUAUUACAAGCUUCACUAGAAAAUAUUAUGAAUAUGGUCAACCGUGAAAAUGUUCUUGAAAUUUGGCGGGUUUCAUUAUUUGACCAACAUAACCAUAGUUAUCCUCAUUUUGUUAUUCUUUUGGCUGAUAAUACGCACCUUUGUACUU